AUGCGAGCAAGAGCGAAUACAACGUGUCGUCAUGUCUACACAUUGCAAUUGCAUGUACUACUACUAGCUGUGGUUUUUUAUAUAAUUACCAUGGCUGUCUUGCACGGAUGCAGACAUUGCAACCAACCUGAAGCACCCCGGCUCUACUCCCAACUUUAA